AUGCAGCGGGCCAACGACGCCUGCAAGUGCAAUGGCUGGAAGGAACCCAACCCGCCCACCGCCCCCCGCAAGGGACCGCACCUGAGCGAGCCGUGCCGGAGCUGCAGCCAUGCCCUAGCGGACCACGUGUCCCACCUGGAGAACGUCUCCGAGGAGGAGAUUAACCGGCUGCUGGGCAUGGUGGUGGACGUCGAAAACCUCUUCAUGUCCGUGCACAAGGAGGAGGACACGGACACCAAGCAGGUGUAUUUCUACCUGUUCAAGCUCCUGAGGAAAUGUAUCCUGCAGAUGAGCCAGCCUGUAGUUGAGGGGUCCCUGGGGAGCCCCCCGUUUGAGAAACCGAACAUUGAACAGGGAGUCUUGAACUUUGUCCAGUACAAGUUCAGCCACCUGCCACCCAAGGAGCGGCAGACCAUGUACGAGCUCUCAAAGAUGUUCCUGCUCUGUCUCAACUACUGGAAGCUGGAGACGCCUUCCCAGUUCCGCCAGCGCUCCCAGAAUGACGAUGUGGCUACCUACAAGGUCAACUACACGCGGUGGUUGUGCUACUGCCACGUGCCGCAGAGCUGCGACAGCCUUCCCCGCUAUGAGACCACGCACGUCUUUGGGCGCAGCCUCCUCAAGUCCAUCUUCACGGUCACCCGCCGGCAGCUCCUGGAGAAGUUCCGGGUUGAGAAGGACAAGCUAGUGCCAGAGAAGCGGACGCUGAUCCUCACCCACUUCCCCAAGUUCCUGUCCAUGCUGGAGGAGGAGAUCUAUGGGGAGAACUCGCCUAUCUGGGAGGCUGAUUUCACAGUCCCUGCCACAGAAGGUGGCCAGCUGGUGUCUCGCCCAGCCGCGGUCAGCACCGUUGCUGUGCCCGCUGCUCCUCUCUUCAGCAAGAAGCUCAGCAACAGCAGCUCGUCAGCAAACAUGGAUUCCAGCACCCCGGAGCCUCUGCCAGGUGAGAAGAGGAAGCUGCCUGAGAGCCUCACGCUGGAAGAUGCCAAACGGAUUCGGGUCAUGGGCGAUAUUCCCAUGGAGCUGGUGAACGAGGUCAUGCUGACCAUCACAGACCCCGCGGCCAUGCUGGGCCCCGAGACCAGCCUGCUGUCAGCAAACGCAGCGCGGGACGAGACCGCCCGGCUGGAGGAGAGACGCGGCAUCAUCGAGUUCCACGUCAUCGGCAACUCGCUCUCGCAGAAGUCCAACAAGAAGAUCCUGAUGUGGCUGGUGGGUUUGCAGAAUGUCUUCUCGCACCAGCUGCCCCGCAUGCCCAAGGAGUACAUCACCCGCCUUGUCUUCGACCCGAAACACAAGACCCUGGCUCUGAUUAAGGAUGGCAGAGUGAUCGGCGGGAUCUGCUUCCGGAUGUUCCCGACCCAGGGGUUCACAGAGAUAGUCUUUUGCGCUGUGACAUCAAAUGAGCAAGUGAAGGGGUACGGGACACACCUCAUGAACCACCUGAAGGAGUACCACAUCAAGCACAACAUCCUGUACUUCCUCACCUACGCCGAUGAGUAUGCCAUCGGCUACUUCAAGAAGCAGGGCUUCUCUAAGGACAUCAAGGUCCCCAAGAGCCGCUACCUGGGCUACAUCAAGGACUAUGAGGGGGCAACCCUGAUGGAGUGUGAGCUGAACCCCCGGAUCCCCUACACCGAGCUCUCCCACAUCAUCAAGAAGCAGAAGGAGAUUAUCAAGAAGUUAAUUGAGAGGAAGCAAGCGCAGAUCCGCAAGGUCUACCCUGGCCUCACCUGCUUCAAGGAGGGUGUGCGGCAGAUCCCUAUUGAGAGCAUCCCUGGCAUUCGGGAAACAGGAUGGAAGCCUUUAGGAAAGGAGAAGGGAAAAGAGCUGAAGGAUCCGGACCAACUUUACAACACCCUGAAGAACCUUCUGGCCCAGAUCAAGACCCACCCCAGCGCCUGGCCCUUCAUGGAGCCUGUGAAGAAGUCGGAGGCACCGGAUUACUACGAAAUCAUCCGCUUCCCCAUCGACCUGAAAACCAUGACGGAGCGCCUGAAGAAUCGCUACUACGUCACCAAGAAGCUGUUCAUCGCCGACCUGCAGCGCAUCAUCACCAACUGCCGCGAGUACAACCCGCCCGACAGCGACUACUGCAAGUGUGCCAACACGCUGGAGAAGUUCUUCUACUUCAAGCUCAAGGAAGGGGGGCUCAUUGACAAGUAGAGGAGCCCACCUGGCUUCUCC